AUGCGGGCUGUCCGUUACGCACAGUGCACAUUCAACCCUGAAACUCUGUGAUAACCCCAGAACUAGUGAGAGAGAAAAAAUAAAAUGAACAAAAGUUUUUAAUUUGUUUUAAACAUUACAAGCAUUGAAGAGUGGGUCUCUAACUGCUCCAGUUUGCUAUGUCUUCGAGUUCUGAGGGUGAAGAAGGACAAAGUGACUCCUGUGAAGAUGUGCCGUGUUUAGGUGGAUCGCCGGACAGAGCGGCGUCUCUUCUUCAUUUUAGCGAAGCUGUCAUGCUGCCCAAAGUCGAGUCAGACUGCCUGGGACUCUCUCGGUCGCAUGGGGAGCAGGGCCAUAUUCCUUCAAACAUGCAAGCCCCUCAGUUUAAAAUGAUGGACUACUCCUACGAUGAAGACCUGGAUGAGAUGUGUCCCGUGUGCGGAGACAAGGUGUCCGGAUAUCACUAUGGCCUGCUCACCUGUGAGAGCUGCAAGGGCUUCUUCAAGCGCACUGUGCAGAACAACAAGCGCUACACAUGUAUCGAGAACCAGAGCUGUCAGAUAGACAAGACACAGCGUAAGCGCUGCCCUUACUGCCGCUUCCAGAAGUGCCUCAACGUCGGCAUGAAGCUGGAAGCUGUGAGGGCAGACCGCAUGCGUGGUGGUCGCAACAAGUUUGGCCCGAUGUACAAGCGGGACCGUGCGCUAAAGCAACAGAAGAAGGCACUCAUCCGUGCAAGUGGCCUCAAGCUGGAAGCCAUGAACCACAGCAUGCAGACCGCUCCUGCUGACCUCACUAUCUCCUCCGCUAUUCAGACCAUCCACUCAGCUUCCAAGGGGCUGGCACUGAGCCACCACCACCACCACCACCAUCAUCACCAACACCAUCAACAUCACCAGCAUCACCAGUCCAGCUCUGACUAUGACCGUAGCCCUUUUGUCCCAUCUCCCGUCAGCAUGGCCAUGCCACCGCAGGGCUACCAGGCCUACGGGCACUUCCAGAGCCGAGCCAUCAAGUGCGAGUACCCCGAGCCAUAUGGCAGCUCGCCUGAAUCGUUGAUGGGCUACGCAUAUGCCGAGGCACCAGGCUUCCCGCGCUUGGUAGCUGAGCUGCUCAAGUGUGAGCCUGAUGAGCCGCAAGUGCAAGCCAAGAUCCUCGCCUACCUGCAGCAGGAACAGGCCGGCCGCAGCAAGCACGACAAGCUCAACACGUUUGGCCUCAUGUGCAAGAUGGCUGACCAGACGCUCUUUUCUAUCGUCGAAUGGGCGCGCAGCAGCAUCUUCUUCCGCGAGCUGAAGGUUGAUGACCAAAUGAAGCUUCUCCAAAAUUGCUGGAGCGAGCUUCUCAUCCUUGACCAUAUUUUCCGACAGGUGAUGCACGCCAAGGAGGGCUCCAUACUGCUGGUUACAGGGCAACAGGUAGAUUAUGCGUUAAUUGCAUCUCAAGCUGGGGCCACACUCAACAACCUCCUGAAUCGGGCACAGGAACUGGUCAGCAAGCUGCGCUCCCUUCAGCUGGAUCAGAGAGAGUUCGUCUGCCUCAAGUUCCUGGUGCUGUUUAGCUUAGACUGCUUCAUACUGAAGUUCUGGCCUGAGCGCAAGACCUCUGAAACUAGAGACGGUGAUUAAACACAAAGACAUGAAUGAGCCGACAGCUGCUCCAGCCCACUCUCUUGUCCUUCUAUUGCAGUGCUGUAGUAUAUUUAAGGGAACAAAGCUUUGGAAUGUUUGCACUGUCUUCCCACUGGAAAAAAUGCAGCAUCAUCAGUCUACCUGUAACGUAAAACCCUGAGUCCAGAAAGUGCCAUGUAGGGCUGGGGGCUGAGGCUCCAUUAUAAAUGUGUUCCUUUCAAUAUUGGCGCUUCUCAUCCAGCUCCAUUUAUGGAUGGGAAUCCACCACGCCUGUGGUGAGCAUGUCCCAGUAGAGUGUAUAGUGUCUUUUUGGUCCACUGUAAAAGUCAAGUCGUGUUACAAAGCUUGUAUUUUAUGAAGUAAAAUAAACAAUUUAAACAGAUUUGAAAAGAAGAGUUGAUUGUAAUAGGAAUUGGCUGCACAUAUUGAAUACUGGCAAUGAAAAAUACGACUUUCUAUAAAUGUUAAUAUACUACAAUAAUUGUACAGUAGAUUUAAUUAGUUAUUAUGAGAAUAAAUAGCAUUAAGUAACUUGUAAUGCUUUGGUUUAUAUAAAAUCUUACAUUGUUUUCCUAAUAUUAGCAGAAUUUUCAGACUAAAAGUACAGCAUCAUAAAUUAGCCUGACUUUGACAGGCAGCUUACAAAUAUGUCAUGUUAUAUUACCCGUGAGGUAAAAGAGACCAGGGCUACUCACAUGGUGGAAUAAAUUAAACUCAAAUUUGCACUUCUGGCUUUCAUAAUAUCCUAGCAGCUUAAGUGUUGAUUUGGAAGAGAGAGAGAGAGAGAGAGAGAGAGAGAGAGAGAGAGAGAGAGAGAGAGAGAGAGAACAUCUUGGGAGAGAUGUGAAGAUAUCUGUUUCUUUAGUCAGCACAACCAAUGUUCGAUAAUUAAGCAAGAGUAGGGAAUAGAGGGAAAGUGUCUCUUUAUGUAGGGGGGAUCACAUUAUGGAUUAACUGUCCUUCACUCAGAAAAUAUACAUCCCCAGGCACUCUGGUGAAUUAUUAAUUCAUAUUCUUCAAAAAAGGGGAAAAUAAAAAAACAAUAUUGAUGGGCGGUAUCCUUUAAUGACCUCAUUAGGUUUGUGGUUUGCAUUAUGGCUGGGUUUUUGGGCUGCUCCAGGAGUUUAGGGGGAUAGUUGACCUCUGAAUGAUUUUCUGUCACUUUAUCAUAAACAAGAAGAUUCUGAUAUGCCCCUUUACUCUUGUAUGCAUGCAAUUAGUGGGUGAGAAGAUGGGCAGAAUGUAAACCAGACACUCCAGAGGGUUAGACACUAGGAUGAAGAGAGAGAGAGAGAGAGAGAGAGAGAGGGAGAGAGAGAGAGAGAGAUUCUCCAUUCUCACAUAUGGCUGCAAAAUAUAUUGUUUGUUAGUAGUACAUAAGUAAUGUGGUGUUGCUGUUCUUGCAGUUUGUAGAUGAAAAACAGGCAGUUUAGUUUUCGACCAACUUUUCUAGAUUUUUUAUAUGAAAUGAAGUUUAAAACUGCCUUCACUGGAGGUGUCUACUCUGUCUCCAAAAGGUCAAUGACUAAAUUCACUUUUUGUUUGCUCCUCACACUAUUGACAUUGCAGAUUCCUUCUUGAUUAAAGCUACUCAUCCCUUCUGAAAAACAUCAAGGCUGCACCAGGAUAACUGAUCAGCAAGUUAUGAGUGCAGUGAAAAUCUUUGUUCUGAUAUCCAGCUUUUUUUUUUUUUUUUUACCAAAAUUAAUUAUGUAACAAUUAUUCAUGGCACACGUAGUGCUUAACAAUGUUCAAGUUGGCUCAGUGAUGAAUAAAUAGAUGCAAAUGUACAUCCCCUGACCUGAGGAAGAAGCAGAGCACCUCAUGGUCAGUGUUUGUUAAAAGAAGGGCUUGCUGAUGUUUCUAGUGUUUAUUUCAUCACACCUAAGGCGGUUUUCCACUCACACUCCCCUCAUAUUUGCCCCCUCCAUGUGGCAAGCAGAGUGGGUUAAACCUCUCCUUGGGCAACCCAGACGUCUCCUCUACCUCCAUAACCCACUGGCAAUGGACUCAGAUUGGACUUAAUGUAUCCCCAGCUGGAGCAGUCCUGUUUAAUUCACUUUCACAGAAAUGGGACACUCUGGGCCUAGUGGUCCCACUGGACAAGCCAAGGAGCAGCAGAUUGAGCCUUCGUGCUUCAUUCUGACAAUGCUGACAAAAAAAAAAACAUCCACUUUUCCUUCUGGCUCUUCACAGCUUAGUAAGGUGGAACACCCCUCGGAAAAACACGGGAAGAUCUACAAUCAUUGAUAUGCAUCGUUAACAGAGAGGGAAAGGCAAGCAGAAAGAGAAGAAAAGAAAAGUUUGUUCAGACAGCAAAAGACAAGCUGCAGGCAACCAUCUACCUGCUAAUAAUGAACAGAUUGCUUUUGUGUUAAAAGCUGCAUGUUAUCACUGGACUGCCAGAAGCUGUGUACAUAUGAUGCAUGUAUAAGUAACCCCUACACGUUAUGAUAUAAUCAAUAUUUGGGAAUCAGCAUGAGCUCAUGUUCUACUAAAAUGAAUCAUAUUAAACAAAAUUGACAGAACUUAGGAGUUUUGUGAGUGAAUUAGUGAGGGACACAUCCGUGAUGGAUAAAGAAAAGUUUUUGAGAAUUAUGCAGCUGUUGAUUGGUAGCUACUUGAAGAGCAUGUGAUGAAAUACAACAGAAAUACAAAUAUCGACAUAUUUAUGAUGCUUUCGGGAAGAUACAACCUUUUAUUGAAUCUCAACACAAAUAUUUAUGCUAGCUAUGGUCUUUUUUGGACUUUUCCUGUCUGGCUGUCUUGCCUGUGCCCUGGCCAUGCCCUUGUUAUUACUUCCACCUGUUUUGUGUUUAUUUCACCCAUCUCUUGCAUUUACUUGUAUGCCGUGUCUCUAAUGUUAGUGUUCUUUCAGUUCCUAUUUCUAUUUUUUUUGUGUUUACUUGUACCUGGAGUAGUUUUCUGUUUUUGACCUCACCAGAAUGUUUGUGGAUAUGACUCUAGAUUAUGUCUCGACCCGUGAUUUGAGUCCGUACCAUGAGCAUUAGAAAGCCUUUUCUGUUGCAUCGUACCAGGUCUGGCUGCUCAGUGUUACACGGUGUAAUUUGCUCUGUAGGUCUCAGCACAAACACACAUGGUUUAGCCACUAGGUAAAUAAUGUUGGAUGAUGACCAGACGGGCAUUGGCUGCAGUGUCUUAGUUGGUCUGUGCAAGGAAACAGGGGGCCUCCCUGCGUACACUGUGGGCGAGGGGGCAGGGUCAGCACCGCCCCCAACUUUGAUUGGCGUCCAUCAGGCGGUUGGGUUAAUAAUGAAUAGAAAUGACAAGGUGCAGGCUUUGACUGAUUACACGAUUACAGCCUACCAUAAAAAGUAAAAGAGGAGAGAACGCACCAGGCAGAAAGCACCUUGCCCUUUGAAACUGAUUUCUCAGAAAUUAUAAACACCACCAAAAUCUACAUGCACACACGCACAUGCACACACACACACACACACACACACAUAGCCUGUUCCUGAAACUGUUGUGUUUCAUUGCCUUGUUGCUCAUCAGCAGUUGGUUUGUUUGAUUAGGUUUCAUGUUUCAACACUCAAAGACAAACUCGCUUAUUCCUCCUGACAGCCAACAACAAUGGCUACAUAAUUUGCCUUUCAGAUUUCGUGUUCUGUUAUUGGCCAUUGAUUAAUCUGUUAGUAAAAAUCCAUAGUCAAGUACAUCUUCACUUGCACUAUGCAAGCUAAAGUAUGAAAUCAGUAUGCUUUAUUUAUUUAUUAUCAUUUUUGCUUUGUUGUGUAUCUAUGAUCAAUGAUUAUACAUAUAUGUAAAGGACAUGUUAGGUAUUUUUGGUUAAAGGCAUUAUUAUAUUAAUUAUACUACUGCUAAUUUAAAAAAACCCAAUAAAUUAUGUCUAAAUAUACAGCAUAAUCACAGAUAUGUCCAAAUUUACACAAACAUGUAAAAAACAGUAAAGCAGCAGGAGUGGAUGGGGGCGGAAAGUGGAUACGAGGGGUCAUGUGGCAUGAUCGCUAGUGAAAUGAACAAUGUAUCACACAGAACCUAAGGGUCUGGAGUCGAGCUUCAGCACAGCCUGGCUGCGCACUGAGGCUGUUUCAUGUAAAAAGUUCAUAAUUAGUCCCACAGUGGCUAAAUGUUAGAACAGAGAUAGAGAUAGAAGAUAAGAGUGCUUAUCGUGUACCGCUUUAACCUGACUGAAAAGAAUCUGCUGCAGUUCUCUGUUUGCUCUGAUUGUCAGUAGGGCAUUAUCUAGUGUUUCGUGCUGUGAACAAAUUAAACAAGCAGUAAUUCUCUCUCAGAAACCUUGUUUCUUGCUUAAAGCCAAAAAGAGCAAGCCAUUAUAGUUGAGCAGUCUGUUUUUUAACACAACCACGUUUUUUUAUUCUUUUAAAUGUAGCCUACACUAAUUAGCAAUUAAAUCAGUGUUAUCUGUAUAAUUUUCAUUAAUUAGUCGGUAAAGACAAAGGGCUUCAAUAAAUCUCAAUAGUUUUGCUCCAGCUCAGUUUAUCAUGAUUACUAAAGACUUAAAAAAAAUUCAAAUGUGAAAAUCUGGUAGAAUUUUACAUGCUACCUUCUAAACCAACUUUAAUUAGGACAUCGAAUAUGACCUCUGUGAACAGUAACAUACACAUGCAUACACCAUCAUAUUAUGCCCCCCCCCCCCACACACACACACACUCACACACUCACACACACACACGCACACACGCACACACACACACACACAAACAGAGAAAAAAAAGGAGUGAUGUGGUUAAGAAUCAUGUUUUAUUUCCCGGUUUUCUAGCUGGGGUUAAUAUUCACAGAAGUGGAGCAGAGGGUUUGUAAUUAGUUGCCUCUUGAUAAACCCCUCCCCUCAUCCUGAGCUUUGCACACCAGUGUCACCCAGGGGUCAGGGAGAACAUCCUCGUCAGGGCCGUGAAGGACUCACUGCUCGUUCUACAGACCUCAUUACACAUUGAACAAUCUCCAACCCCUCCCUCUCUCCCUCUCUCUCUCCCUCUUUCUCUCUCUCUCUCUCUCUCUCUCUCUCUCUCUUUCUCCUGGCCAUCCUCUGUUUCUUUCUGGGGGCUGGAACAUUUUUGAUUAUUUUGGCAGGAAAGACAGUUCCAGCUGCCUCAUUAGCUGUGCCCGAGUGGGUCCAGGCACUUCCCCAAUCAUGCAGUGGUGUCGGGGGAAGAGGGCAGACCUCAGGUCAAAACAAUUAAUAAAAGAUUGUAUUACACAACCUCUCUGAUCUUGACUUAAUUCAGUCAUUCACUGGCAAUUCAUUAACACCACAUACUUAACACCCGCAGCCAUUUAGUCAGGUAUACAUCCACAAAGAAUGGGUCAAGUGAUCAUUUUUUUCAGUGGAAGAGCCUGUCAGAAAUCAGUCUAUCAUGUUGAUUAGCUCCUAAGUGAUAUGGACGAAAUGGAAAAGAAAAUGUUUCUUUGCUAUAGAAAUAAUAUAUUCCAUUAAAAUGCAGUUGCAGCUGAAAAAUGUGUGUUUUCUCACGUCAGGACACCCUGGAGACGUCUUCAUUUCUUUUUCAGUUCAAUUUUGUUUAGAAACAGCACAGAAAACCAUACAUGGUUUAGUGUUGAGAAUGUGUUCUGCCUCACACAUCUGAUGUCUGCUCAUUAUUCAACAAGUUAUAAUGUUAAUUAAACAUAUUGCUAUGAGCAGCAAUCAUCGGGGUGCAAGCACAGCAGGUGUAGAGCAUCUCUCUACAAACUGCUCUCUCUCUCUCUCUCUCUCUCUCUCUCUGUGUGUGUGUGUGUGUGUUAUUGAUAAUGAUUGAGGUUUAGAUUUUGUGAAUACUAUGACACCAAAAUCUCAGUUAAAAAAACUGGACUGGAUAGAAAGAAAAUAGUUUCUGUAUUUUGUGAAGAUCAUCAAACAAAGGAAAGUGGGAGAAAAAGUCUGACCGUACAACUGGCUCAGGAAGCAUGAAUCAUGGUCUAAAAUACAGCACUAUAUAGCAGCACCAUUUAACUGAUUUAGAUCCCUUCACUUGCCUAUGUUGUUGGAAAGGUGGAUACUGCAUCUCCCUGCCAAAUAUGGUGUUUCUAUGCUUAGAUAAAUUUGCUCCCCCAAAUAAAGCAACAAUAUUAAGAAAGCUAAGCAUAAAAUAAAGCAUAAUUUAAAAAAAAAGAAAAUAAACCAAUAGGUGCUUUAACAUCUAAUGAUCCUAUAAGGUGUGAGCUAUGAAACACUAACCAAACAAAACUACGAAAAAAAACAUAAAAUAUAACAAAUAGAAUAUACUUCAUGCAUGUUGGUAGCAACUAAAAUAUACAAUCAAAAAAUAUAAAUAAAGGCCAGAUUGGUUUAGAGUAAACACAUUAAUAUGAACCACACCAUAAUAUAAAGAUAAUAUACACAGUGCUGUGUUGAUUUGUCACUUUCUAUUUUGUUACCCUUAAAAAUCAAGUUUUUUUUA